AGAAUGCGUGCGAAUGCUUAGUGGAGAUAACCGACACACGGAACAUGAGUGUUACUUUUUUCUGGUGCCAUUUAGCGAACACCAGAGACAUACCUGUACGCACUACGUCCGCCCCAGACGGGGAGGGGUUUUGAAUGUUUUUGUGUGACUGUCAAGUCGACUCUAAUUUGAAAUCGAGAAAAUAAGACGUCGGACUGAAGAUCAAACCUAUAGUUUACGGACUCCGGUCUGUUUUGCGGUCUAGUUCCUAUUAUAUAUUUUUAUUGAGAAGCAAUCAGUCAAGGAAUAUUAAGUCUGUUGUGGUGUGGUGCUGGGAAUUUUAUAUCCACCUCGUCUUUUUUAGAAGAAUGGCGAGAGACGCUAAACAUUGCCCCCUAUCACCAAUGAAAAACAGUUUGUUGGUGACAGCAGGGAUACUUCUGAUUAUUCAAGCUGCUUCGUGUCAGCGGGUGAGGGUGGUACCAGAGGUGGAGGCGUACCCCGCCGAGUCGGUCGACCUGCGCUGUCAGUUUGUCGACGGAGGAAACACCAAGCUCACACAGGUGUCGUGGAUAUGGGAGCCCACGGAGGGCCAGAGGGACAACAUUGCCGUCUUUCACCCCAUAUACGGCGAGAGCUUCCCCGAAUCGCCCUUCAGCGGGCGUGUCCGCUUCAUCCAAGGCACCUUGACGAACCCCUCCAUUACCAUCAGCAGCCUCAAGAUGGCCGACGCCGGGCGUUACACCUGCGAGUACGCCACUUACCCCAGCGGCAAUGAGCAAGGCACCACCAAUCUGGUCAUACUUGCGAAACCCAAGAACUCUGCAUCCCCCGUUGUCGUCCAAGCCAGCACAAGCGGCAAACCAGUGGUCGUGGCCCAGUGUGAGGCGGCUGACGGCAAGCCAGCAGCCACCAUCAAGUGGAUGGGAGAAGUCGGUGGCACCGAUAACACCACCUCCAAAAAAGGUCUGGACGGCACGGUGACGGUGAGGAGCGUGUACCUACUGGUGCCCACGCCUGAGGACAACGGCAAGGAGGUCACCUGCAUGAUCAGCCAGCGCACUCAGGACAAGCCGCAGACCUUCCCCAUGAAGCUGUCCGUCGAGUAUCCCCCGACUGUGUCCAUAGUGGGUUAUGAUAACAACUGGUACAUUGGCCGGACCGACGCUGUCCUGACCUGCAAGGCCACUGGCAACCCUGCCCCCACCAACGUUACUUGGACAGCCAUGUCCGGUCGGAUGCCUGACACGGUACAGAUUGCCGACAACAAGCUGAUCGUGCGGAAGGUGGACGAGGCUGUGAACACCACCUUUGUCUGCGAGGUGAAGAACCGUCUGGGAGUGAGCAAGCACCAGGUCACCACGGCGGUCAUCGAGGCCAUAGUGGACCCGUCCAACGCGGGCGUGGUGGCGGGGGCUAUCAUCGGCAGCCUGCUGGCCCUACUGCUGGUCAGCUCGCUGAUUGCUGUCCUGGUGACCCGCAGUCGCCGGCAACAGCGCGGUUACCCCGGCAAUGGAGAGCCUGGCGCCUACGGGAACAAAGCCCGCCUCUUCGGCGGAGCUGGCAACAAGAACGAAGGCACGGGGGCCAACAUCAACGGGCCCAUCUAUACGUACCGCGAGAGCGACCCCGGAGCGCUGGCGGAGAAUGUCAACGACUUCCACGGCCCGCCAGGCUCCACUCCCACCGCCCACGACAUCCUGCUGAGCAGCGAGAUGGACGAGGCGGAGCGCAGGAAAUUUGACGCCCUCGACGACAGCCUGGAGGAGGAAGAGGAGCGCUACGACAGCUUUAGCGUGGGCAUGGUUCCAGCCUAUCACAUCCACCGGCACAACGAAGAGAUGGGAGGGGUCAGCAUGUACCUCGACGACGACAUGGAGUCACAGCGGGACGGGUCGGUCAUCUCCCGGACUGCCAUCUACGUCUAGAGAGGGGCAGUCAACCAACAGGGUCCAGGAGGGAGAGCUGAGGACAGGGUGGAGAGUCCACCAACAACCACCCAUCCCCCUGCAUACUAAAUAGACAUGCUACGCUUAUGGUAAUUUUACACAAAAAAAUAACUACAGAAACAAAAGAAGGUGUUGAAACUGAACUGUAACUGAGGAAGAAGCUGAAUGAUGACUUGAGUGCGCUGGUCAAUGACUCGGCAUCUUGAUAAGUCAGUCAGUCUACCAAAAUAAAUUGUAACAAUGUAACUCAUCUUCAAUGCUGCUUACUGCUCCAUUUCAUCUUAGCAAGUGAAACGUGAAAAGUGACCAUGUGACUGCGCUUAGUAGCCCACUAAUCCACAGGACUGCAAACACUAAAGACUUUUUCUCGGUAAGGAAACAUACUGUUCAAUGUCGCCUUCGUGGUACAACUUUUAGACGCAUUCCUAGAUGGUCACACUCGUUCUAUCACCACGGCUACUGCUUGAAGACGUCCUCCAGCGGAACCAAGCUGUAACUUGUUGUCUUCGUGUGCAUCAUCACAGGCGUUCCAUAGCACAGUGUUACGUAAAAAUUGUAUUUUGUAUUAUCAAGAUGUUUGGGCCUUCAGGCCUUGUUGAAACCACAUUUGGUGUUAAUGACUCAUAUAUAAUGACUUAGGCAGAGUUAGUCCCACCAACUUCCAUUUCCUUCUUUCUUUUUCUUUUCUUUUUUUUCUCUCUUCAUUAUUUUCUUUUACAUAUGGGAGGCCAACGACGUGGUAGACCGAGCUGGAGCUGGGGUUUGGAUGAGAGAAAUGGUGCGAACCAGAUCUGUUUGUUUUUCCCAACUGUCUGUUGGCGGUUCAUGUUGGUGGAACGUCACUGCUGAAGCAAAGGGCAGCGGGGUCAGCUGGCACCAUCCCAGGGUAUUGGGCCCAGUGCCAGGCUGUACUGGCCUUCCACGCUGAGGGACCAGCCAGCUCCUGUAAUGAUCGGAGCCACGUCUAGUCUGCCUAGCGAUAGCAUGAGACAGAUCGACAUGCACACCCAGCUCAAACUGAACCUCCUGCUCUGCCUGUCAGUUUGACCAAUUAAAGAACAAAAAGGAAGCGGACUCCAUUUCCCCGGCAAGUCAAUAAACGCACCGUCUAUUUAAUGGUAAAGAAAUGUUUCGCCGCUAAUGCUCGAGGGACCGGAGGCGGAAUAUUUCCCUCGUUUUUUAAUAUUUUGUUUUAUACCAGAACAAACUGUUCCUAGCCCACAUGUUUAAUUCAGGAGUAGAAGAAGCAUAAAAUUGUUGCCCAUUAUCUUAUGUAGAGGUAUAGAGCGAGAGAGGCUGAUUUCUGGCUGGUAUUGAGCGCUUUUGCUAUUUUUAAUGCAGAUAAGCCCAAGCAUUAAUAAUAAGACAAGCCGCACAUACGGCUGAAAUUGCGACACUUCACUCCCGAACUCAGUAGGAGUUAUGAAGUGUUAUGAGGUCGACCAUCUGCCUUGUUGUCGACCGUCAACGAUCGAUUCAUCUACUUCAAAAUACAGUAUUACCAUUAUUUUAGCAGGGCGAAAUGCUGAGUCGUUGUUUUUUCUUUUGUUGUAUGUUAAUGGACAAAUCUCUGCCGGGCCUUCUAAGGGGAGCAGUAACACACAAAAUACGCCUGUGACUGUGUGUGGGGAUGUUUCUGACCAUGUGCGAGGCCCAUUAGUUCUAAGCCUGGCCGGCAUAUGUGUUUUUCAAGUUCUGAGUUGACCGAAUUUGAAUCGCUGCCAGACUUGGAACGAGGUUAAGGGGCUAACCCCACCCGCAGUAUGUUCCACUGUCAGAUUGCCGCAGUUCACUUUAACGUAGCGGCCUAGUGUGUGUGUGUGUGUGUGUGUAUUGUGCAAGGGUGUAUGUAGCGUGAUUGUACAGAUUCGAGUUGUGUAUAUCCCACAUGCUGAUUCACCGCGCAAUAGCCCAAUGUUAUGCAGGAGUUGUUUUGCAUAAUGUCAUACAUAUGGAUGGCUAAGCCUAUCUCUGAGUCAUUCAUCAGUCAUUUCAUGCACAGUAACCUCACUGAUGAAGGGGUUGGAGGACGGUGAUAGGAAACUGCUUAGCACGGGGACCCGCGUGGACAUGAAUAUUACACUGGCGGAGCCGGGAUGAAGCCGGACUGGCUCAAAGGGCCUUUGGAGUGGUCUCCUGUGCAACCCCCGGCCAGAUGGAAACUUGAUUGGGUAUUGGCGUCCGGGCCGUUGCUCUGUAAAUAUUGUGAUCCACUCCCCCUCCUUUGCUUUUUCUUAUCACAGAUAGAGGUCGACUGAUUAUGAUUUUUCAACGGCGAUACCGAAUUAUUGGAGGACCAAAAAAAAGCCAAUACCGAUUUCUUAUUUUUAAAUAAAAAAACAUUAAAACAUUUUUUUUAAUUAGUUAUUUUUAAAACAUUUUUAUUAUAAUUAAAAAUAAAUAUAUACAUAAAUAUAUAUGUUUAAUAAUGCCAAUUACAACAAUACUGAAUGAACAAUGAACACUUUUAUUUUUACUUAAUAUAAUACAUCAAUAGAAUCUAUUUAGUCUCUGAUAAAUAAUGAAACAUGUUCAAUUUGGUUUAAAUAAUGCAAAAAACAGUGAUGGAGAAGAAAGUAGAAGUGCAAUAUGUUCCAUGUAAAAAAGCUAACGUUUAAGUUCCUUGCUCAGAACAUGAGAACAUAUGAAAGCUGGUGGUUCAAUAUUCCCAGUUCUUCAAUAUUCCCAGUUAAGAAGUUUUAGGUUGUAGUUAUUAUAGGAAUUAUGAUGCAUCGACUAUUUCUCUGUACCAUUUGUAUUUCAGAUUCCUUUGUCUAUUGGAUGUUCAUAUAGGCACUUUAGUAUUGCCAGCCUAAUCUCAGGAGUUGAUAGGUUGGAAGUCAUAAACAGCACUGUGCCUCAAGCAUUGCUAAAAGCUGCUGGCAAAUGCAGUAAAGUGCUGUUUGAAUGAAUGCUUACGAGCCUGCUGCUGCCUACCACCCCUCAGUCAGAUUGCUCUAUCAAAUAAUAAAUCAUAGACUUAAUAUAAUAAACACAAAAAUACGAGCCUUUGGUCAUUAAUAUGGUCAAAUCUGGAAACUAUAAUUUCGAAAACAAAAUUUUUCUUUCAGUGAAAUACGGAACCGUUCUGUAUUUUAUUGAAUGGGUGGCAACCCUAAGUCAAAAUAUUGCUGUUACAUUGCAUAACCUUCAAUGUUAUGUCAUAAUUAUGUCAAAUUCUGGCAAAUUAAUUACGGUCUUUGUUAGGAAGAAAUGGUCUUCACAUGAGCCAGGCGGCCCAAACUGUUGCAUAUACCCUGACUGCUUGCACUGAACGCAAAGAACUGACACAAUUUCCCUAGUUAAUAUUGUCUGCUAACAUGAAUUUCUUUUAACUAAAUAUGCAGGUUUAAAAAAUAUAUACUUCUGUGUAUUGAUUUUAAGAAAGGCAUUGAUGUUUAUUUAUGGCUAGGUACAUUUUUCGCAAAUGAGCUUUUGUUAAAUCAUCACCCGUUUGGCGAAAUUAAAGUAGGCUGUGAUUCGAUAAUAAAUUAAGACACCGCAUUGAUUAUAUGCAACGCAGGACAAGCUAGUUAACCUAGUAAUAUCAUCAACCAUGUGCAGUUAACUAGUGAUUAUGUGAAGAUUGAUUGUUUUUUAUAAGAUAAGUUUAAUGCUAGCUAGCAACUUACCUUGACUCCUUGCAGCCACAAGGUCCUUUUGACGCUGCCCUCGCGUAACAGGUGGUCAGCCUGCCACGCAGUCUCCUCGUGGAUUGCAAUGUAAUCAAUCGUCCAUAAUCAGCGUCCAAAAAAGGCUGAUUACCGAUUUGUUAUGAAAACUUGAAAUCGGCCGUGCCGAUUAAUCGGUCGACCUCUAAUCACAGAUUCCUAUCACAUUAUCAGAUCAUCACCACUGUGUUCAAAUGAACUGUUUUCCUUAUGAUGUUUUAUGCGAAUGGGUACCCAUUUUUUUUUUUAAUUAAGAAAAAUAAGUGUUCUUAUGUGAGGUGUUGGUUGUGUAUAUCUUGAUGUAAGAUAUCCAUUUAAUGAAGUAGGUGUGUGUGUGUGUAUCUUCAAUAGUCCCUUAAGAGAUGUUAUUUAUAAGUGCAGUGUGGGUAAUGGUAAACGUCACAGACUACUAUCAUGGGAGAUGGUUGGAAAAUAACCAAUGACUACAAAUGACCUUAAUUUAAUUACAUGUGCGUCAAGGCAUGUAUCUUGUAGCCUGCUGGUAUGUAGAGGUGUAUAUUAUCGAGGGCCUUGCUCUCCAAUCUGCUCUGACCAUCUUUUCCACGCAAACACUCUCUCGCUCCCUUCCACAGAUAAACUCCCACUAGUGAGCAUAUAAUCACACACCCAUGCAGAUCUGUUUCACCCAUAGAAUUCUCUCAAACACACACUAUAUUUCCCUGACCCGCCACACGCUUUGAGUUCGAUGCCUCCCAUUAGCGGGGUGGGGGGGGGCAAGAUCGUUCCUCGUUGGGCUCCUGUGACUCCAUCACUCUCCAUCUUGUUAUUAAGAUGAACAGAGAGGCAACGUCUUUCUCUACAGAGGCUUAAAACCUUUGAUUCGCCAUUCCCCUGUUUUUUAUUUUAUUUUUUAGAAGUAAACAAGCACCAAUUUCACUCUGUGGGAAGUGGUGCUCCAGCUUCUAAGGACCAUGUCAGAAUAAAAAGCCUGUCUCUGGCAUGCAAUUACCAGCCCUGUGUAAGGGUGGUGGUGGUGGUGGUGGUGGUGGUUUUAAAAAGCAUAAAUGGGUCACGACAUCCUACAAUUCUUGUCCGACUCUAAUCUCAAGACCACCAAACAAAGCCUUAAAUUCACAGUUUCGCCACAUGCAUUAUUCCCCGUGUCCCUUUGUGUACAAAGUAUAAAUAAAUCCAACAUACUUGCAACAUGCAUUACUAAUUGAUGUGGUUACGUUAGUGCAUUGGUUCUGCCCAGCUGCUGGUAUAACAAGAUAUUCAUCUUUUCUGGUCAAUUCUAGUGUUGUUGUUGUGUACAAUAUUGACAGGACGGUGACCUGGAGAAUAUGAAUAAUAUUAAAAUGUUCCUAUAUUCCAAGAUGUUUGUGUCUCCUCACUACAAGCUGCUAGAAUAACAAUGUCUUCUGUGUCACCGUCUGACUGUGUGUGUGGGUGGUUUUUCAUUUGGAACCUUUCGUUCCGGUUCGUCCUGUCAACAUUAUAUUUGUGUUCUGGUGUUUUAUUAAAGUAUGAUGGAUUUCUAAGUAUGA